UAUAUGUAUGUUUAAUGAGAAUCGUAAUCGGCAGUCGGCCAGCAACGUGUGAGCACAUAUAAAACGACAGCGGCUCGCCGUUUUAACGACACUUGAGUGGCAAUCGUGCCGAACGCGAAACCUUACAAACGAAAUCAAAUAUUCGUACGUUGUUUAACAGUUGAACGAGAAGCGUGUAGAAGAAAAACAAAAAGAAUAUAUUAAUGGCAUUCUUAAACAAAUUCAAUUGCAAUUACAUCUAUGUAUUGUGCCUAAUUAUUUGCGCCUGGCAGAUGUGCGUGGCCAAACAGUUGCCGUUGCCCGCCAAUGUCGCUGCCGCUGCCGCCGCCACGGGCUCAACAAUAAAUGUUGGCAGAAGCAAUGGCACCAGCAGCAACAACAGUGGCGCCGACAGCGACGCUGGCGUCCAUCAACGACGUCACGAAUCGUAUGUUGCUGACAUUGAUGACGAAAGUGUUGCUGCAGUUUCAGUUGCAGUUGGCGAGCGCAGUCAACGUCAACGUCGACAGGCUUCGGAUUGGUUUAUUGCACCAAAUACACGUUGGUGCGGUAAGGGUAACUUGGCCAAUGGCACAUAUAAUCAAUUGGGCGGCGCAUCGAUGGCCGAUAAAUGCUGUCGGAAGCAUGAUCAUUGCAAGAAAUAUAUACCGGCCUUGUCAAAUCGUUACGACCUAUUCAAUUAUCGCCCCUACACAUUGUCGCACUGCAGCUGCGAUCGACGUUUUCGCACCUGCCUGAAAAUGGCCAGCGAUGAGGAUGCCAAUACAAUUGGCAAGCUAUUCUUCAAUAUGGUGCAAACACAAUGUUUUAUCCUCAAAACGGAGAGCAUUUGCCUUCAGCAUGGCACCGGCGACACCUGCCUCAAAAUGGAACUGCGCACCAAGGCCUACCUUAAGGAUAAUCUCAAGUUUUAGGCAAAGUCUGUUGGAAUCUUAAAUCUGCGCUCCAAUACGAAUUACCUGCCAAUAACAACUUUCCAAUAUACUUAUUGAAGAAAAUGGAUUUCCUUUGCCGUUAUUAAGUUUGAAACUUGACAGCAAAAAUUCGUACUUACAUUGUUAAUAUACAUAAGUACUUAGCCACAGACACACUUGAAAAUGUAUUAAGUCGUUGUGUACUUAUCUAUGAUGUAUAUAUUACAUAUCUCCAAAUAUGUUUAUAUAUAAUUAUAGAAAAAGUAGUUAGUAGUUUAGUUAAUAGCUGUAGUUGUAGUUUUAACAUAUUAUACACUAUUUACUGCCUGUAAAACAAAGUUUUAAAUAGUUGAUAGCUAAUAUAGACGGUAUAGCCGUUAUGCUUAAUACGAAAAAUGUAACCAAAAUUAUUCCUAGAUAGAUCAUAUGUUUCUCUAUUGAUCAAAUUUGUAGCCUAACCAGAAUUUCAUACCUGGAAACUUGGUUUUCAGUUGCCUUAACUGACGACAUACAGUAUGUUAAGUAUAUGUUUGGACAAAAUAACUAAAUUCACAUAUUUGAUUUAUAAUUAUUUGAACAUUUUUAAAAUAAGUUAAUAAUAUAAAAAUAAAUAAAUAUAUGAAUUUUAAUAUUUUGUCAAAACAAUUAAUUGAAUUACUGUAUGCACAUCAAGGUCGAAUAAUUUAUUAAGUAUUGUUGUAGUUGCCUUGAUCAAAUUAGGCUUAAUUGCAUAGUCUAUAAAUUGUAGCGCUUAUAUUGAAAUUCAAAAGAACUCAUUAAAUGAAAGUGAUUAUUAAAUCUC